GCAAAAACUUAGAGAUUAAUUUGUCUUUGUAAACCAUUCAUAAAAUACCAAGUUCCCCAAUGUAUAUCAAAAUAAAACCAUCUAUGUCCGUGAUUAUCUAUAUUAUUAAAAAUAAAAUCAAGUUGUCUGGCUCUCUUUUCUGCCGUUCUUUUAGUUGACCAUGAUGUUGAACUUAAAAUCCAUUCUGCUGUGUAAUUAGGUGAUGCGCCAUUACCAAUAAGGAAUAAAAAAAGUUUAAAAGUAUCUGUGUCGGUAAGAGGUUUCUUCCAAAAUAAAAAUUGAUAUUGAGAUGGCCAUAAUUCGAGCGGGUAAAAAAUGUCACCAUUAAAAAGGUUAAAAAGGUUGUUUCUUAUGGAUACGAUAUCGGAUCUGUUGACAUUCUUGAAUGAGGUAAGAUAAAGAUGCAGAAAAUUGUUCGUGUUCAUUGCAAUGGUCAAUUAAUCUACAUAGGGUAAAUUAUGUUUAAAUUAACUACAGGUAUGAGAAAAGAAAGGAAAUUUGGAAGAAAAUGCAAAACCCUUAUGUUCAUUUAGAAACACAGAAAUAAAUCUAUCCAAUCUAGUUAUUUAUCGAAUAUAUACAAAGACUGUAUGCGAGAAACAGUUGAAAACUGAUAGAGCUAUAUGAACAUUGGUUUUGACUUUGUUUACAACCGAUGCAUGGAGCUAAACGGUGGAUACACUCGAAAAAAAAGAUUUUCCUGGUCUACUUUUUCGCUGGAGUCAAGAAAUUAGACAUGGACUGGAUUUCAGGCUACUCCAUGACUGGGCUGUCCAAAAAAUGGGUUUUCGAUCCAUUUCGCAUGUUUGCGUCUGACGAGUUUAUCGAAUUAUUCAUGGUUCAUAUUUGUGGAUUAAUGUUCGACCUCUCGGAAGGAUUUCUCUUGCUGUUUGAUAAAACACGACCUGUAGGUCUAUUUUUUGGGUCCAUGUUUCAUCUGAUGAAUUCCCAAAUGUUUCACAUCGGGAUGUUUCCGUGGGCCAUGCUCGCGACGAUGCCUUUCUUCCUUCGUUGUGAUUGGCCAAGACGUUUGUCCCGCGCGAUGCCUGCCUGUUUCGUGUACUUUCUCCCGCUACAAGAUGAUCCCAAAGGGGACGCACGCUUUACAACGGGAAAGCUUCAAAAUAGGAAUGCAGUUGCUGAGCAACCGGCUGACGAAUGCGAGGAACGUUAUGUAUACAUUAGGAAAACGUUUUUGAUUGGUUUAGCGAGCUGUUACGUCGCCGUACAGCUGUUUCUACCCUGGUCACAUUUCAUCACACAGGGAUACAAUGCUUGGACAAACGGACUUUACGGGUAUUCAUGGGAUAUGAUGGUACAUUCGUGGAGCACACAACAUAUUCGCGUUACAGUUGUUGACGUUGAAACAGAUAUGUCGCACUUUCUCAUUCCCGGGGUGUGGAUUGGUGGUCGGUCUCGAAGGCGAUCACGCUGGUCCUCGCAUCCCGAUAUGACGAAGCAAUACGCGACGUGUCUCGCGAGAAAACUGCGCGAUCACGCGGCAAUCAACAUCAGCAAUCCCGCGAUAUACUUCGACAUUUGGCGCUCGAUGAACGGGCGGUUUCAGCAGCGUAUGUUCGACCCCAGGGUCGACAUCGUUAAAGCUCCGUGGUCGCCGUUCAAGAAAACAGAAUGGGUUCUGCCAUUGAUGAUCGAUCUUUCGCCUUGGAGAACUAAACUAAACGAGAUGGAAAAGGAAAUGUCGAGAAAAAGCAAUUAUACAGAAGUUGUGUUUGUCGCAGAUUUUCCAGGCCUUCAUUUGGAAAAUUUCGUAAAGGAAGAUUUGAACACAUCGAUAACGGUUCUCGAGGGAAAAGUGAUCGUGGAACAAGGGGGACACAAUGUGACUUUAGAGAAGAAUGGGGUUCAUACGGUACAUUCCAAUGAUACCCACAUUGUUCAUACAGUGUCCCAGGUGCCCUCUUGCUGGAUGUACGUGUACACAAAUACGACUUUGGCUAACAACGUCACCUUGCAAGACAUUGAAAAUGAACACAGGAUGGCCUUUAAAAGAAACGCUAGUAUGUGGGAAAACCUGACAGUGGUUGAAAAGUUUGGAUAUUUCAUGAUGAAUAAGAUGCACAUAUUUGGAGGAAGCUUUAAAGAUUCAUUUUAUGCUGUUAAAAAUAUUGUUUAUGGUCAUGAGGUGAACAACGAUGAUAUUGAUGACGUUGGAACAAACGAGAAUGAAAAAGACGAAGGUGAAUUGUAAGGAUAUGCGGUUACUUAAAUACACUCAUUCAAUGGUGAAAUACUUUAAAUAUUUUGUGCAAAU